CUGAUUCUGUUGACCAUCCAAAGAUGUACAGCUACAGCAAACUGGGCCACUUCACCUGGACGUCGACACUGAGAGAGUGUGGAAGCCUCACUAAUGGGGCACGAAAAAGGCCCACCAUGGCAACUCCGUGCUCUAGCGGACUCGAAGUCCUCUUGAACACACUGCAGAACGCUGGAGACAUUGAGAGCAUGCUAAACACCCUCAAGGUCCUCGAUGAACUGUUGUCAGCAGGCACAGAUAGACGAAUCCAUUAUAUGAUAUCGAAAGGAGGCAGCGAAGCUCUGCUGACAGCUUUGGUGAGCUCCGCCCAGUGCUACACACCCAACUACACCAUCCUACUGCCGCUACUUCACUUGCUGGCCAAAGUGGGCCACCGAGAUCGUCAGAUUGGUCUGAAAGCACAGAAGGCAGAUGCAGUUCUAGUGGUUCUGAGUUUGCUAAGGCAGAAUGCAAAGAAUGCCCAGAGAGCUGCAGCCUGUCUUUGGGUCCUUCGAGUCUUCUGUUCUUCUGUGACCACAGCGGCUUUGCUGGGGAGGAACCGAGGGUUGGACGUGGUCUUCAAGCUUAUAUCGCCACACACAACCAAGCACUUACGUACCGUAAAGGCUGCUGUUGAUGUUUUCGCCGCAAUGCUAUGCUCAAAGGUCAACUGUCGGACUGCCGUUGCCAAAGGCUACAUUGGCGAUCUUCUGAAGCUGUACGAAGACUGGCACGUCAAUGAUGCCAACCUAGAGAACAUUCCUAUCCGCAGAGCCCUACUGCACUGUCUGCACCGUGUUGCCAACUCAAGUGUAGGCAGGGACACCUUGGUCGCUGAGGGCGGAAUGCAUCUUCUCUUCCAGACCUCUCAGUCCUGCUUGACCAUGAAAGGCCUGGAAUCUCUGGUGGAACCGGCAGUCCAGCUCAUGCGGAAAUGCUAUCCAAAAGUCCCUCUUCCUCUGACUUCAGACAAGAGUGCUUACAGCUUUCCUCUUCCUGGGAGGCCUGUCGAUGGCUGGGAUGCCGAUUUAGGGUCUUAUGAUGGCGGUUUAGAAGAUGACAGUGACGAGGACACAGAGAAAGAAGAGCCAGACAACAGGGACUAUGAGGAUGACCUGGAAACAGAUGUAAACAAGCUGCGGCCCCGACCGGAGCCCGACAGACCCCUAGAGCAACUGGGCCAAUAUAUGCGCCUCUGCCCUGAGCUUCACCAUGACUUCCAGGAUUUGGAUUCCAGCUCUGAGGUUGAUGAAAGCUCAGAUGAAGACAGUUCUCUGGAGGGGAACUUUAGCAAGAAGAUACCAAGAGGUAAGAGAUCAAAAGCAAGCAAAGGAGACUCCUUGUCACCCUCCAGCCCAGAUUCGCCUAUCUCCCUUGAGUUGAACCCUGGUUCAGAGGAAGACAACUGCCUCCAGACCAGGGAUUUCCAAAAACAUUACCUCAAAUGCUCCAGGAAAGGCUUAGAUGGCCAUUGCAGCAUGGUGGGCAGGCUUCUGGAGAAUUAUGGGACCUUUAUUCCCAACCAUGAUCCACAUCUGUACAAUGCCACUGCUGCCAAUACCAAGUCUAUUGCGGGAUACUCCAUCCUAGCUUUUCCUGACUUCUGGGGUCACCUGCCUCCACAAGGGCAAGAGCCAAUGGCUAAAAGACCACCCCAUGUUCAAAGAAAUAAAGUUUUCGAAGACAUCCAGCGUCUUCUCUGCCCAGAGAAGAUCAUCAACAAGGUUGUUUUUGACAUGGAGGAUCCUAGUCCCCAGAGUUCCUAUGAGACAUAUCCCAGCUACCUUCGAUUCUUCUCCAAAUUUGAGAGCGGAAACCUGCAAAAAGUCAUUCAAGUCCGCAGUCAUGAAUAUGAUCUGAUUCUCAGUGCUGAUGUCAACUCCUCUGCACACUAUCAAUGGUUCUAUUUUGAAGUGAGUGGUAUGGUGGCCGGUGUGCCUUAUCGUUUUAAUGUCAUCAACUGUGAAAAAGGAAACAGCCAGUACAACUACGGCAUGCAGCCUGUGCUGUAUUCUGUGAAGGAAGCUCUGGAGGGCAGACCACAAUGGGUGCGAACAGGCUCUGAGAUCUGCUAUUACAGAAAUCAUUUCUGUCCUAGAAGAGGUCAGAGUUCUUUGUUCACCCUGACUUUCACGGUGACCUUUCGCCAUGACGAUGACGUGUGCUACUUGGCUUACCACUACCCUUACACCUACACCACCCUCCAGACCCAUCUGAAGAUGUUGGAAAAAUCGGUAGACCCUCGCAAGGUUUUUUUCAGGAAUCAAAACCUCUGCGACACGCUGGCGGGGAAUUCCUGCUCUUUAGUCACGAUCACAGCCUGCCCUACUUCCAGAGCCUGGAAACACCUGCACCAACUGUGUAACCGGCCAUAUGUCGUACUGACAGCAAGGGUACAUCCUGGAGAAAGCAAUGCCAGUUGGGUAAUGAAGGGCACACUGGAGUUCCUGUGCAGCAGUGAUCCUGUUGCAGAGAGCUUGAGAGAGGCCUACAUCUUCAAAAUCAUCCCCAUGCUCAACCCUGAUGGGGUCAUUAAUGGCAACAAUCGUUGUUCUCUCAGUGGCGAGGAUCUGAACAGACAGUGGCUGAAGCCUGACCCUAAUUUCAGCCCAACGAUUUACCACACCAAAGGAUUCCUCUAUUACCUCAACAGCAUAGGCAGAACUCCACUGGUGUUCUGCGAUUACCAUGGACACUCCAGGAAGAAGAAUGUUUUUCUGUAUGGCUGCAGUAUGAAGGAAACCCUGUGGCAGUCUGGAUCUCCCAUUAACACAGCUUCGCUGAAAGAGGACCCAGGCUACAGGACUAUUGCUAAGACGCUGGACCGUAUAGCUCCUGCGUUCUCCUUCAACAGCUGCAACUAUGUGGUGGAGAAGUCUCGGGCAUCCACAGCACGAGUGGUCGUCUGGAGGGAGAUUGGUGUUCUUAGAAGCUACACGAUGGAAAGCACUUACAACGGCUGCAAUCAAGGCAUCUACAAGGGUCUUCAGACAGGCACACAGGAAAUGGAAGAGAUGGGGAUGAAGUUUAGUCAGAGUCUGCUUACCCUCAGGAAAAACUCAAUCAAUUACAACUGUCGUCUGAUCCACCACGCUCCUGCUCUGCUGGACCUCGACGACCGAGUCCUCGACCACAAAUCCAAUAAUUGCUAUGAGGAUGAUGAGCCAUCUUGCACUGAGGAGAUCGAGUACUCGUCCUGCAGUAACCUGUUUGGUGCCAAUGAUCUGGACAUGGAGGUGAACGGUAACACAUCCAGUGCAGAGGAAGAUGAAGAGGAUAUAGAUAUUUGCAAGAAUGGGAGGCGGCGCACAGACAAGAAGUCCCACCUCCUUCCUCACUUCCUGCAGCAAGAAGCCCUGGAGACUCUAACCAUUAAGGGUGGACAGUGUAAUGGCCUUAACAUCAGCAACGGCAACUUUUGUUAGGGUUCUUUUUUUUUUUUUUUGUCUUUUGUGUUAUUUAUAUUUUGUGUUACAUCACAAUAGUGUCUUGAGUAUUAGCUUAUCUUAAGGGAUACAAUUAUGUCAUUAUUUAAACACCCUCAUGUUAUUCCAAAUCCAUAUGACUUUCUGUCUUAAGUGGAACACAAAAAAGAUAUCGGCAGAAUGUUAGUCUCAGUCACCAUUCACUUUCAUUACAUCUUUCCAUACAAUGAAAGUGAAACGUGACUGAGACUAACAUUCUGCCUAACAUCUCCUUUUGUGUUCCACAGAAGAAUAAAUAAAAUAAUAAAAGUCAUACAGGGUUUGGAAUUACAUGAGGGAAUGAGUAAAUUAUUACAGAUUUUUAAUAUAUGGGUGUACUAUGUCUUUAUGGGUGAUGACUAAAUAAUUAGUUACCGAGGUCUUGAGUCAGGUCCAAAGAGCUGUACAAGGGUUAUUACUAACAAAGAAAGAAGGACAUACACACCUGCAAAACAUUAUCAGUGCCUGAACAGAGAUGAGAUUGCAACAUUGCAAAUCUAGGUGAUGUGGUGCACACAUAGGAUAGCCAAAAUGUGGACGCCAACACCACAGCCAUAUGUGCUUGCUGAGAAUUUAAUUUCAAAACCAUUGCCAUUAGAAGAGAGUGUUCACAUACUUUUGGCCAUGAAGUGUAUUUCACUGCAAGAAUAACACUUGAAGAAUCAUUCUCCAAUACAUGAUUAUAUAUACAGGUGCAUCUCAAUAAAUUAGAAUG